AUGGGCAAGAAAACGUCUCGGCCGCCCGCUUCGAAAACCUCCGCUGCGUCGCCUUCGGCGUCUGGCGUCACGUCUACGGGGAACAAGUCGUCGAUCCUGAAGGCAUCAUUCGCCCCUUCGGACUAUCAAUUGGCGCUGUUUGCGUCAGUCAUCCAAGGUCUCGACGGCCAGCACCUCCGAAUCCACGACACGAACACCGGCCGAUUACAAUGUGAACAUGUCCUCGGCCCCAAAGAGACCGUGACGUCUCUGGACUGGGGUUACUACCCGGGUAGACAGAAGGAUCGCGAUCAGCAGGCAAAGAAGAAGCGGAAGCGCCAUUCCAAUGUGAAUGGUACGAGCGAUGGAUUCGACCAGGGAGAUGUCGUCGUUGCUUUCGGUACCAGCGCUUCCGACAUCCGCAUGUACUCGCCCGCCGAAGACAAGAUCAUUGGAACCCUCGCAGGUGGCCAUGACAAGGGCAUCAAGGAUUUCAAGUUUACUUUGAACCGACCGGGUCAAGAAGGAUGGAGUAUCGGCGGUGAUAACAAGCUUGUGCAAUGGGAUCUACAUACCGGAAAGAGCACAAGGAUCAUCAACCUCCCCUCGACCGCAUCGUUCACGAGCCUCGCUCGUCCUCUUCCUUCCAAACCCCCGGUCCUCUGCGCAUCUCAAACGCCAUACAUAAUCAGCACUGAGGAUGGCGAGGCUCCGCUUUCUUUCCCUGCGAUGCGCAACCCAGUCCAUACUCUUCUCACGUCAUCUACGGAGUCCUUCUCGACGGGGCUCUUCCUGGCGUCCGAUAAUGACCGUUAUAUCAAUGUCUUUGAUUCCCAAACUCAGAAGCUCGUGAUGAACCUCGUGGCUGAUAAGGAAAUCUCUUCCCUGUCGUUGUAUUCUGGACAUGCGGGUCAGCCCAAUACGUUGGAGAAGCAGGUCCUUGCUGUCGUGACCGGUGACGGUACCGUCGAGCUGUUUACCAGACCGUUUGUCCAGCCCGCCAAGAACACCACUAGCCUCAAGGCGCGAGGCAAACAAAUGACCCGGAGAGCAGAGUCAUCCAUCCAGGUCAUCCAAUCCGAUGAAUCCGAUGCGCUUGUGUCAGUGGUAGCUACGUCCUUUCAGGGUCCCGACUUGUUGAUCGCCUGGGCCGAAGGAGGUGUCAUUCCGGUUUUCGAGCGCGUCCGGCUGCUCAAUGACGAUACCGACGAACUGGCAUUCAGUGGUACAAAGAAGAUCCCCAAGACCAAGUCUAGCUCGGUCCUCGCAUCAGCAACAACAAAUAAGACGAGAAACGCGGUGGAAAGCCGGGUUGACGAGACCAGAGUCGUUGCGGAGCAGGGCAAUUUGGUGGAUGAUGAUGAUGUCGAGAUGCAGGAUUCGAAGCAAGACGCCUCCGAUAGCGAUGAUGACAACGAAUCGGAGGACGAACAACCGAAGAAGGCGACAGAGGCCAAGGAAUCCAAGCAAAAGGAAGCCGACAGCGAUAUCGAAAUGGACAAUGCGGCGGAAUCUGAUGCGGAGGAGGAAGAAGAAGAAACCGGGGAGCCGUCUUUUGGCGAGCUUCUGCGGGCUCACUCGUCGAAGGAGGUUGACGUCGAAGCAGAGCUGGAGGAUGACACUCGCCUGGGUGCCCUCGUCCCCGGUAAGCCCAACGCAGCGGUUCAGCAGAUUCCUUCCGGGGUUUCGCUUUCCACCGUCCUCACUCAGUCGCUCAAGACCAACGACAAUGCCAUGCUGGAGUCGUGCUUCCAAACGGGCGAUCUCUCCAUGAUCCGGACGACCAUCCAACGCCUGGACUCUUCUCUCGCCGCCACUCUCCUCCAGAAACUCUCCGAGCGCCUGUCCUCCCGGCCCGGUCGGUACGGUCACCUCCUCGUGUGGGUACAGUGGACCUGCGUCGCCCACGGUGGAGCCCUCGCGGGCAAGCGGGAACUUCUGAAGCGCAUGGCGACCUUGUUCAAGGUCAUGGAUCAGCGCUCGUCGAGUCUGCCCUCCUUGCUCCUGCUCAAGGGUAAGCUCGACAUGCUGGAUGCCCAGCUCGGACUGCGGGAGUCGAUCAACAGCCACGCAGAGGGCGUCGAAAGCGAGGACGAGGAGAACGUGAUCUAUGUCGAGGGACAGGAGGACCUGGAGGACGAGGACAGCGAUGCAGACACAGCGAAACACACGGCCACGCCGCGGACCAAGCUGAUUCGCGACCAGACCUUCGACGAGGACGAGUCGAUGAUGAACGGCGUACAGUCUGGCGCCGACGAAUCCGACGAGGACGAGGAGGGCAGCGAUGAGGAGGAGGAAGAGAACGAGGACGUGUUCGACGUCGAGGCAGAGGAGUCGGCCGGUUCUUCCGACGCGGAAGAGUCGCCCGACGAAGAUGCAGAUGAGGACGAGGACGAGGACGCUGAGAGCGUGGGCUCGCUGGCGGAUUUCGUCGCCGACACCGAAGACGAGGAAUCGGGAGAUGAAGAACCUGCUUCCCAGCCACCAUCCAAGAAGGCCAAGUUGGGUGGUGGUGGAGGAAAGGGGAAGAACAAGGCCAGAAAAUAG